AGACAGCACGUCGAUUCAGUGUUCAAGUGCACGUGAGACUAACAUUUAAAAUGCAUGUGAAACAAACAGCAAACUGGUUGAGUUUCCUCCUCAGCGUCACAAUAAUAACUUUACCUUCAGUGAGCUGGAGUGAAGCCGCUCAUCCUGCAGGAGCACGACCCCCCGCGGCGCCUCGUGGGGCCGGGAGCCGCGCUGCGACCCCCCGGGGCCCGCAGCAGCUCCAUCAGCAGCUCCUCCACCUCCUCCACAGCUCGGACCGGAGACCCGGAGCCGGGACCACUUCCCCGGACAAACGGUUCAGACCCACACCGACACAGAGCGAGGGGCCGCGGGUCUCCUCUUCACCUCGGGCCCGUGAUGAAGACUGUGCCACUGCGCAGAUACACCGCUCGGCUCCAGGGAGGUUUUCCAUCGUUGGUCAGCUGGAAGCAAACAUCCCCAGCGCGGGCUACCAGGCCGAUUCUGCUGCUGCUGCAGUCCAAGCUGAGGGAGACCAGGAGAAGGUCAGAGGUCAGGGGCUCAGCAGCUCAGAGGAGAGCUGGCAGAAGCUCUCGCCGGUGGUGGAGUGCGGGGACGAUGCCAUGUUCCUCGUUGUCCGGAGGAGACGAGCUGGAAAUCUGCUGCUGGACCGAGUGAACCAGUCGUCGGUGCCUCUGUCCCAGCUGAAGCCUCAGUGUGGUUACUCCGUUCAGACCACAUGGAGAGACCUCAGUCUGAUGGCCCAGUACGACGCCUGCCACGUCACACAGGAGGACGACAGCUACAUGCUGCCUCUGCUGUGGAGGGGGGCCCCGGUCAAGAUGUCCUGUCCCGUCCCUCAGGUUGAGCCUCAUGCCCCGGGGCAGUACUCCGUGUGCUGCUCCCCCUAUGGGAUGACCAUCAACCUGCAAGGGCCGACUCCGGCAGAGCAGCUGAGUAUAAAUGUGAGAGGAGAGUGGAGCCCCCUGGUGUCGUUGGCUGAGCAGUGCGGCUUCACCGUGGAAAGAGGUGAUGCACAGAUCGUCAUCACUGCUCCAUAUCUGACAUGUGGCAUGACGGUGAAGGAUGGAAAAUACACCCUUUAUCUUCAAAUAGGAGAAAACCGACUGUUGCUGUCCUGUCCUGUCUCGUCCCUCGAGGAGCAGCCGGGAGCCCGUCUGCUCGACGCUCAUCAUCUCAGCAGGAUCAGGACAGAACCUCCAUCAGAGCCUUUUCCAUGGGCCGCCCCUUUUUACCUGGCCCCGCUUCACUACCCCCACCCCACAUAUCAGAAAGAGUUUGAACCUGAUGCUCCUGAUGCACACGACCCUCUUACUCCCUCGUUCCCCACCCCUGACCCCAAGUUUGGUCCACAGCCUCUCCCUACUGUUGAUUCCCAGUAUCAAGAAUACUACUCCCACCAGAUUCCUGACUGGGAUUCCAAUAAUCCACAAGCCGUGCAUGUUCCUCCAUCAUCUACACAUCAAAUGGAGGAUUUAAGUCUGGUGCAUCCAGACCAACAGCAAAAACAGGGACCUCCUGUCUGGGAUCUCUCUGAGACUCACGCUCCCUCCACAGCUGCAGCUUCUCCAUCUCAAGCCGAAGCUCCCUCUCUCCAGCCUCCUAACCACGCCUUCAACCCGUACUACCAUUACUACCAUCACCCAAAAAUCCCUCUUUCACACCCACCUCAAGACCCUGAUGCAGCUCCUGAGGUUCCUGAACAACCGUCUCCAACAAAUACCUACGAGUUCCUGGUGUGGCCCCCCAAAGUGCAGCAGACCGAGGCUACGUCAGACCCCGCUCCUCCGCCUCAGGUUACCUCUCAUCCUUACAUCCCUCCAAGUCCUGAGGUUGAUCAGAAAGCCCUUGUAUCUUACCCGUACCCUUAUCCCCACCACUACUUUCAUUACUUUCCACAUAUGGCGAGGGGUGAGGCGAAAAGGUUGACGCCUCCACAUGGCGACAUGGAAACAGAUGUGCCUGAUGCUCCGCCUCUUCCUGAGUCCUCGGAGCGUCCGGUCCACGAAGAACACAACGUGAAACCCUAUGAUACUGAAACCUACAGACCAGACUGGAUCAGAAAUCCACUUCUGUCUGAGGAUGAUGGUGUUAAUGAAGAGCUGAAUGAUGAAGAGGGACACUCUGCACCUGCGACUCCUGCUCCCCCACCCAGUAACACUCCAGAACCAGACCCGGUUCCCCCUCCUCCCCCUCACCUCUACGCCCCUUACUAUCACUACUAUCAGAUGUAUUCGGGACCUGAUGAAGACCGUGCGUCUCCGACUUCCUCCAAAGACGCUGCAGACCCUCUGCUUCAGGCCUCCUCCUCUCCAGCGCAGCAUCAAUCCACUUCACCCACCGAAUCCACCUAUCCUGCUCCAAAUGGCCACUUGAAUCCUUACUACUACUAUUACCACCACCUGUACCAGCCUGAAGAGUCCAAAGACGAGCAGGAACAGCAUCCUGCAGGCAGCAAGGACCAACCCACCUCAGAGCCAGAAUCUCUGCUUCCCUCGGACUCCGACCACAGCAGGACGGAUCUUAACCAUGAAGCAGGAAAUCCCAGUGUCCCUCAGCCAACGCACAGACCAGUCCACGACUUGUACUCCCAGCAACAUCUGUACUAUGCUGUGGGGCCUCCUGGUGGAGGGGAAGCAGAGGAGACGCUGGAUUCUGACACGACGGAUCACCCCGAGGCCAACACGCCCUCGCCCUGUGGCCUCCGCCCUGCCUCUACCACCAACUGCACUCACUCUCUGGGCUGCUGCUCGUACCCUGUGGAGGAUUGUACAAUGGGGCAACAUUUUGUGUUUGUGGUGCCUGACUGUGUGUUGGAGCCCACAGUGCCCCCUGAUGCUCAUCCCUCUGAGGACAGUGAGGCCUCCUGCGUCCUGCGGAGGUUGACCUCUGACCCCGAUGUCUACCUGGUGCCCCUGGACGGCUGCGGAGUAAACAAACUUAUGUUUGGUCAGACCGUGGUUCAUCUGUUGGAGGUCCAGGGAAUCUAUUCUCCUCCAGACGACCACACCUCGGACACUGAGGACAAUCCUGUCAGGUUGAUGGUGGAGUGCAGCUCCUCCCCAGGUUCUCCAGAUGAGGUGAGGCUGCAUGUGAUGGAUCAACCUCCUCCACCUCCUCCUCCUCCACCUCCUCCACCUCCCGUGCAGUCGUCAGCAGCCACAGUCUCAGUGCAGCUGAGGCUCUCAACAGACGAGUCGUUCAGCAGCUUCCACCCCGAGGCUAACCUGCCUCUCAGCCUGGUGCGAGGCAGACCUCUUUACCUGGAGGUGAGUCUGCUGGAGCCUCCGCAGGAGAACCUGGUGCUGCUGGUUCAGUCCUGCGUGGCUCACACUGCAGCUCCGUCCACCGGCUGGAUGCACAUCUACGACGGCUGCCCCGGCCGCCAUGAUUCACAGCUGCUUCCUUCUCCUGAGCCGCAGCGGACCCGGAGGAUCAUGAUCUCCAGCUUCCUCUUCCUGCCCUCACACAGCCCCUCGUACAUGGCUGCAGGAGGACACUCUCUCCUGGGCGAUCCAGAGAUCUUCAUCUUCUGCUGGACAGAGGUUUGCUCUGCUGCAGAUGGUGACUGCACAUCUGGCUGCAUCAACAGUCCCAACGGUGGCAUGUGGGCAAUGUAAUAAAGACAAGUUUACAACACUGCA